AUGAGCUGAAUAUUUAACACUAUUUUGCCUUCUUGUUGCACUCGAAGGGAGGCAAAUAGACAAGCAAAUGAGUGUGUAUCUCCAACGAAGUCAGACGAACAGAACGAUAUAAUAAAACUUGAUAUCAUUAGCGAGAGUAACUUCAAAGAUUCCAGUGAUGACUUAUACCGACAUUCAAAAUCUUUUGAUGAACCAAGAGAAUGCGACCAAGAAGAAAAAAUCCAGUCCGAAUUUUUAAAAAAUUGGGAAAUUGAGACACCUGAGACCGCUGAUAAGCUUACGAGGCAAAGCUCGAUUACAUCUAUCAGCAGUAUAGAUAAUGCAUGCCACGUUUUAGAACAGUUUAAAUGCGUGGAAUGUAACCAAGCCGCACAGGGAUUUUGCUUUGGAUGUAGGAAUUUACGAUAUUGUAGGUCUUGCUAUGAAAAAGCUCAUAAAGGGGAGCAGGAAAAUCAUAGAUUUUGUGCAUACGCAAAAAAGAAAUUUACUUCUACGUCAAAUGCACUUCGUGCAUUGGCAAUGCUAAGUUAUAAGAAAAAUUAA